AUUGGUAGGCUUACCUACCAUAAGGAACUCCACAAGCAAUGUAAUGUGUAAAGAAAAUUUUCCAUCCUCAUGAUCUUCUAGGGCACAAAUUUUCUAUUUGGCACACAAGACCAACCCCAAUUUAUGAAAAUGGGUAAGGCUCAAACCACGAGAGUCACAUGAAAGGCAAUAAAUUUGGAAGGGAAAACAAUCCUCGAUUGGGUUAUAGAUGGAGAUCUGCUACGGAAAUACUCUUACCAGAAAGCUUCGCGAGAUAACAAAAUACUAUGUCAUCAAUUCCCCAUCUCACUCAAAAUCUCAGAGCAUUCUGUAGAGAAGGUUGCUGGAAGCAGGCGCAACACAUUUUUCUGACUAUCCUUAACACUUCUGUAUAUUCUUCUACAUAUUUUCAUCUAUUGCACGCCUUAAUUGCCCACAAAACCUUUACAGAGGGUAAGCAAAUCCACUCUCAAAUCAAUGACAGAGGAUAUAUGUUUGUUGCAAACACAUUUUGGCAAAGCAGACUUAUUAACAUGUAUGACAAGUGCGGAAGUUUGGUGGAUGCUCGCCAAGUUUUCAAUCACAUGAUUAAACGAGAUGUGUUCUCAUGGAAUAUGAUAAUUGCAGGUUACCAAAGAAAUGGAAUUCCUCAGGAAGCAUUCACACUGUUUCACCAAAUGCAACGAACUGCGGUCCAACCGGAUCAUUUCACCUUCUCCACUCUUCUCCCUGUAUGCACCAACGCAUCGUCUCUUAAACAUGGUUUGCAGAUACAUGGAGGAAUCAUCAGAUGCGGAUAUCACUUUGACGUGAUUGUGAUGAAUACCCUGAUAGACAUGUAUGCAAAAGGUGGAAGAAUGCAGAGGGUACUUGAACUGUUCGACAAAAUGCCUAAACGAGACGUGGUUUCAUUUAUUGCAAUUAUUUAUGGAUUUACACAAAGUGGGCGAAUUAAACAAGCCCUCGGAAUAUUUAGGCAAAUGCAAUUGACAGGGAUAAAGCCAAACUCAGCAACCUUUGCCAGUAUGGUCUCAGUGUGUGCUAAGAUGGAAGCUUUGGAUCAGGGUAUGGAAAUCCAUCAAAAAUUAAUCGAAAAUGGACUUUUGUCAAAUAUUGUUGCAGUAACUGCUCUUGUAGAUAUGUAUGCAAAAUGUGGAAGCAUACAGAAGGCACAAGGAUUGUUUGAUGAAAUGCCUCAACGAGAUGCCACCUCAUGGAACGUAAUGAUUGCAGGAUACACGCAUAAUGGGCUCGUUGAUGAAGCUUUGGCUAUUUAUAGGCAGGUACAAGUGGCUGGUGUAAAGCCAAACUCAACAACCUUUGCUAGCUUCCUCCCAGCAUGUGCACAAGCAGAAGCUUUGGAACAGGGUAUGGAAAUCCAUCAAAAAAUAAUGAAAUACGGAUUUCUGUCGACAGUUAUAGUCGCAAAUGCCCUCCUAGACAUGUAUGCAAAAUGUCGAAGCAUACAGAAAGCAACUCAGUUGUUCGACAAGAUGCAUCAACGAGAUCGGGCCUCAUGGAAUGAGAUAAUUGUAGCGCAUGCACAAAAUGGACUCUUUAACAAAUCCUUGGAGUUUUUUACACGAAUGCAAUUGGCAGAAUGUCAGAUUCGUCAACCUUUGCAAGCAUCCUUACAGCUUGUACCAAACUUGGAGUUUUAGUACAAGCAUACAGAAGGCACGCGAAUUGUUUGACAAUAUGUCUAGUCGAGAUGUGGCUUCAUGGAAUGCAAUAAUUGUAGGAUAUGCACAAAAUGGGCUUGUCGACAAAGCCUUGGAUAUUUUCAAGCAAAUACAAUUGGCAGGUUUAAAGCCAGAUUCGGUAACCUUUGCCAGUGUCCUCCCAGCUUGUGCAAACAUUGGAGCUUUAAAGCAAGGUAUGGCAAUCCAUCAAAAAAUAAUAAAAAACGGGUUUUUUGAAGAUGCAAUCAUGAAUUCCCUGAUAGACAUGUAUGCCAAAUGUGCAAGUAUACAGAAGGCACGUGUGUUGUUUGACAAAAUGCCUCAAAAAAGUGUUAUUUCAUGGACAGCAAUGAUUGCAGGAUGUGCAAUGCAUGGAUAUAGCAAGGAUUCCCUCGAACUUUUUGAACUAAUGAAGCACUCUGGAACUGACCCGAACCAUGUAACCUUUCUUUGUAUAUUAUUUGCAUGUAGUCAUGCAGGUCUAGUGGACAGCGCCUGUAAGUACUUCAAUUGCAUGAGUGAUUCUUAUUGUAUAAUGCCUACACCGGAUCAUUAUGUAUGUAUGGUUGAUCUCCUUGGCCGUGCUGGCUAUCUUGAGCAAGCCUUAAACUUUAUCAUCAAAAUACCAUUGCAAAACGAUGUAGAUGUGUGGAUGUGUUUGCUUGGCGCUUGUAGAUCACAUAAGAAUAUAGAGCUAGGAGAGUAUGUAGCAACACUUCUAUUUGAAUUAGAUCCUAAAAAUGCUGCUCCUUAUGUUCUUUGGUCCAACAUUUAUGCAGAAGCAGGCAGGUGGCGUGAUGUUCAUAAGGUAAGGAAAUUGAUGAAAGAGAGAGGAAUUAGUUGCCCGGAUGUAGUUGGAUUGAAAUCCACAAAAUGGUACAUGCUUUUUGUGUAGAAGACGGGUUAGACCUACGAAACGGAAGAUGCAUCUGAAGUUGGAAACAUAGUCAUGAGAUAAGGCAUCAACGUAAAUUCAAGAUAGCAGAUUUGUGCUGAAUGAUGUGGAGGAGAAGAAUAUACUCCUCUGGGACCAUAGUGAGAAGCUAGCAAUUGCAUUUGGAUGUUAAACACGUCCUGUAGAACAAGUUUUAGAACUGUCAAGAACAUCUAAGGUUGUUGCAAGAGAAAUUGUUGUGAGAGAUGAUAACCAUUCCAUUAUUUUAAACACAGGUGAUGUUCUUGUGGAAAAUUAAUAAGGCAAGCUUCAUACACUGGCUUGCACUGUAAGAAAGUGCAUUGUAUCAGACUUGUAAUGUCAGGAAGGAAUCAGGUUACAUGUUCAUUUCCUGAAGGAAUGUUGUUUAUGUAUUUUUGGUAUGCUAGAUCACGAUUUGGAUUUGGAUGAAACGAUAAUAUAUAUUAUACAUCACUUUUUAGAUAAACUAAAAGGGUUUUUGUUAAAGCCCUUGUUUAUGAUGCCAUGGAGGAGUCACCACAUUGAACUUGUUUGCAGGAAGUUUUAGAGCUCUGGAGUAGAAGCUGGAGAAUGGAGAAAAAGAAUAGGAAAUGCAAAAAGAGAGGCAUGUUGAAGGAAAAGGAAAGUUGCUCAGCUAGAAAGAAGUAUUAGAACGAUUUACAUUCAAGUCAGUGGUUGGAUUUGAUGAGGAUAGUAUCUCUGAAAGGUUGUUAACUCUAACAUUAUUCAUUUAGUAUGUUUUUAUUUUGCCUAAAAUAAUUAUGUUAUUUUGUGCAUAUCAAACUACCAUUUAAGCUGAUUAAUAUUUGUCCAGGUUGAAAUCGUAUCGUUUAUGGUGUAAUGCCCCUCCAUCGAUUAGACCUCAUUUAACUUAGUUUGACUAUGGUUGAUUUCUUCAGUGGUUUAUGUGUUAUUAUGGACUCUUUGGUAGAUUUGAAUGAACUCCCUUGUUUUUGGCAUCAUGAGUCCUUGUUUUUACUUUUGGAUCUUGUCUUUCAUUGUGGGGAUACUCAGAUGUGUAGUUUUAUGUAUUUGAAUUCUAGAGGCUUAGGAAGGGAGUUUUGGGAUUCUUUAUUGUAUAGUCAUGCUUCUCUUUUGAUGUUAAGAGUUCAAGCCUUGAAUGAUUUUGAAGCUAGAUGGUGUUUCCUAGCCUACUUGGGAUACUCCUUGUAUGUUAUCUUAUUCUAGCAAGAGAGUCAAGCCUUGCUAUGGUAUUUUGGUGUCUUACCAUCCUGUGACUUUCGGUUUGACCUUUGGUAUUGCUUGGAUUCCUAGGUGCAAUCUUGGGGGAGUGGCUUUCAUUGGGGCUUGAGACCCAAAGCGGUCGCCAGAGUAACUCAAUGAAAGGUUUGGUAAUCAAGUGAAAACGUAAUAUAAUGAAUCGGGAUGGGUAGUUAGCUCACAUUAAUAAAGACUAAUUCUUGCUGCCUAUCUUACGCUCAGGUGUUUGUUUAGGGCUGAGGUAAGUAGAGAAGGGCCUGGAAUAGCUUCCACCAAUCUUGUCCUUUCAAAAGGUUGGUGUGGUUCACUAGUGUUUGUAUGGGGGCCAGGGGUUGGGAGAGGUCACCAAGGUAACCCAGGAUGGGGGUUAGGACCUAGUGAAGACCUACCAUGGUAACUCAUGACAACCUAGUGAUGACACUCUUCUCUAUUGCUACCUAGUGGUAACUUGUGUCUUUUAUUCUCCUGUGGAUUUCUUGAGCCUCUGGAAGAUGGUUGUUUUGUCUUUUAUUCUCUUGUGGAUUGCUUGAGCCUCUGGAAGAUGGUUGUUUUACUUUAAGCCUUGUGAGUCUCUUGUGGUUAAGCCUUGAGAGUUUCUCUUGUGUGUCUUGUUGGUUCUCUUUCUGAUUGCUUCUGCCUUGUGGGUCUAACUGAUACCUCCUAGCACGAGGGGUGAACCUUAUGGUACCACAUGGCUGGGUGGAGUGCUAUUCGCACCCAUUGGAUUUUGACCCGUCUUGGUUCAUGUACGAGAAGGCUCAUGAGAAGAUUGAAGACUUUUCUAUGUACCAGAUUCAUGUAUUCAUCCCAUCUUGGGACUCUUGGAGAUUGUAUCUUUAUGGAUCCAUUGUAAUGUACUUGAUGUUCAUAUGUAUAUUCUCAAGCAAUGUAAAAUGUAUCUUGUACCUAUGUAAAUUGAACAAUGUUGUUAAUUGUA